AUGUCCUGGACUGUCGACUACCUCCUUGCCUUCCACAACUGGUGGAACAAAGUCAACGCGGUCAAGAAGGACGUCUUCAGCCAGAAACUCACAACAGUCCAAUCAACGGUCUCUUCUCCUUCUCCUCCUUCGCAACCGCCUCUUCUGCGGCUCGGCGUCCUCUCCGCCGCCGCCAUCAACAACACCGCCAUCUGGGAUCCCGUCGCGACACAUCCAUCGACGGUAAUAACGGGUCUCGCUGCCCGGGACAAAUCGCGCGCAGAGGCCCAGAUCGCAAGCCACAAGCGGUUCCUUCCGGUCGAAUGCAAAGCUUACGGCUCUUACGCAUCGCUCCUCAACGCCGAGGACAUUGAUGCCGUGUACAUCCCGUUGCCCAAUGGGCUGCAUCACAAAUGGACGCUCGCAGCGCUCGAAAAGGGCAAGCACGUAUUGAUUGAGAAACCCAUCGCCUCCAAUGCGCAGCAAGCGCGAGAGAUCCGCGACGCGGCCGCGCGGGCGGGCAAGGUCGCGCUGGAAGCGUUCCAUUGGCGCUUUCACCCCAGUGCCCACGUUGUCAAGCAGCUGCUCCUGAGCGGUGACUACGGGCGCGUCAUCGCCGUCGAUGCCCGAGCCGUCCUACCCGGCGGCGUGCUGGGCAAGGACGACAUACGCUUCAAAUACGACCUUGCGGGCGGGUGUUGUAUGGACCUCACGUACGUCUUCAGCGCCAUUGCGUACUUUGCCGCCCGCGACGUCACGGACCCGAACCUCGAGUUCGAAGUCGUGGACGCCAAGGCGCGGUUGAAUGAGAAGGACAAGUUGAUCGACGAGGCCAUUACCGCGACGCUCAAGAUCAAAGACCCCAAUCCGUACGCUGCAAGCGACAGCAGGACAACCGCCCCCGCGGAAAUCAAAGCUUCACUGGCAGCAGACCUCUCGCAGCCGAAACUCUUCGGCAUCAUCCCCAAAAUCUGGGCCGCCGGGGUCCCAAGCGUGACGAUCCAGUGCGACAAGGCCGAGAUUGUGUACGAGAACUUCAUGGGCCCCUGGCUCUCGCACAAGAUCGCCGUCGUGCCCGUGACGCGCGAUCCGGCCACAAACGAGAUCGUCAAGCGCGGCGGCGCCACUAAGAGGAAGCCCCUUACUCUCAAGCAGUUCAAAGGCGGCCCGCUCUGGGACCGCGAACUCACGCUGGACGGCGGUCAGGCCUGGUGGACCACAUACCGCUGGCAGCUGGAGGCGUUUGCCCGCAUGAUCCGCGAGGGCGCGGGCGACGGAGAGGCCGGAUACAAGGGCCCAUGGGUCGAUAUGGCCGAGAGCAUCCGCGUUAUGGAGAUGAUUGACAGCACGUACGAGAAGUUGGGCUUGCCGCUUCGUGGGGCGUGA